ACCGCCAAGAAAAUGAACACUUCGGACACUUUCAACAUUUCAGACCUCAGCGACGAGCAGCAAAGAAUGUUGCUGGAGAUCCGCAAGCGCAAAAUGGAACUCUUGCUAGAGAUCCAGUUGGUUGGUCGGUAAUCAUGGUAUUAACGGUCGGUGGCUUUCAUCACUCUCAUCUUGAGCAUGGGGACUGACCCGCCCGCCUGCCCGCCCGGCAGUUACAAUAAUUAGUCGAUCGGCAAGCAAACCCCAAAAGACAAAGCGAACAAUCAAACUCUGUGACUGCAGUCGGCCAGAAAUUGGCGGUGUGCUUUCAAAGGGUGUAGUGUCUGAGCGUCCGGCGGCGGCCACGAAUGGUGCUGGGGGCAGCACUAGCAGCCGCUGCCCUUGCUCCACAUGACUUCGUGGUUCAAUUCCCUGCGGAGGGAACGCAAGAAGCGCCGGCCGCCCGUCCAGGGAGCAAUUAGCGAGGAGAGCGCCGCCUGCGACCCUGCCGCGGACCAUCCCCGCCCUGGGCACCAUGUGCCGCGCUGGUUGCGCACCCUGCAAUUCUCCCGCACCCAUCACUCCACCCUGGAUGUCUCGCAAUUCAAAGAUGAGCUCAGCGAGGUUGUCACGGAAAUGGAGCAGAUGGAGUCUGCGGACGAGAGCAAAAAUAAUACGUACAACAAGCAAAUGUCCAUGGGCAGAAAGAAGUUCAACAUGGACCCAAAGAAGGGGCUGGAGUUCCUGAUCCAGCACGGCCUGGUGCACGGAACUGCAGAGAGUGUCGCCCAGUUUCUGUACAAAGGAGAAGGCCUCAACAAGACUGCCAUUGGAGAUUAUUUGGGAGAGCGCAGUGAAUUCAAUGAAGCUGUCCUCCGCGCAUUUGUGGCCCUUCACGACUUUUCUGAUCUUAUCCUGGUUCAGGCGCUUAGACAAUUUUUAUGGAGUUUUCGUCUUCCUGGUGAAGCCCAAAAGAUUGAUCGUAUGAUGGAGUGUUUCGCGCAGCAUUAUUGCAAGCAUAACCCAGACAUUUUCACCACCACGGACACAUGCUACGUUCUAUCAUUUGCCAUCAUCAUGCUCAAUACAAGUCUUCACAAUCCCAGUGUCAAAGAGAAACCAUCCGUAGAGCAGUUUAUCUCCAUGAAUCGGGGAAUCAAUGACGGGGGCGAUCUACCUCGCGAACUACUAGAGAGUCUCUAUGAGAGUAUUAAAACUGAGCCAUUCAAAAUCCCUGAAGACGAUGGAAACGAUCUGAUGCACACAUUCUUCAACCCCGACAAAGAAGGCUGGCUGUGGAAGCAAGGCGGCCGGAUCAAGAGCUGGAAGAGGCGCUGGUUCAUCCUGAACGACAACUGCCUCUACUACUUUGAGUACACGACAGACAAGGAACCCCGGGGGAUCAUCCCCUUGGAGAAUAUCCAGGUUCGCGAGGCGCAGGACCGGCAGAAGUCUCACUGUUUUGAACUGCAUGCGUCGGGGACGGAGUUUAUCAAAGCUUGCAAAACCGACUCUGAAGGAAAAGUCGUUGAAGGCAAGCACACCGUGUAUCGAAUGUCGGCCGCCACAGAAGAAGAAAAAGAUGAUUGGAUUAAAUGCGUCAGGCGAAGCAUCAGCCACAAUCCUUUCUACGACAUGCUGGCACAGAGGAAAAAGAAGGCUCAGAAAACCAACUCGCAUCACGGAAAUAGUUAAGUGCUUAGCUGAAAACUUCGCUUCCCCACAAAGCUGAUGUGGUGCUUACACGCGUGUUGUUUAAUUGUGAUAGAAGACUGAUGUGGACUGUCUUAACCAACUUCAGGAUUAUGCUGGUUGGCAUCUUAGACAGAUGCCGCAAUUCAUGAAUAUAUCUGGUCAUGCAUAGAUGCAUUAUUUUAAAUGUUGUUAACUACUUUCUGAUUACUUUUAACGCCAACAAACAGUUUCAUCAGACUGACUGUCCCAUUUAAUUUUGUACUCAUUGUCCCCUAAAUCCAAGGCGUUUUUAUUUUCAUCUGUGAGUUGAUUUUGGCCUUGCCUUGCGUUGCACAAAUUCUAUUGUAUCAUAAUAUGUAUAUAUAGUAAAUAAACUACAAAAUUAAUUACAA